AUGAAAGAUGGAGAGAUUGAUGUUCCAGUUUUCCAAAGCGGAAAUAACAAUGUAGUCCUUAAAAAGGGACACCGUCUUGGACGUGUCACUGCGGUCGGCAUAGUAAACAGACCCGGUGAGGAGGACAACCAGAGAAACCGAGCGGAAGAGAGUUACGAAACCGAGAAAGAAGGGGUUUUGAUCUCGGCAAUUCGGAAGCCGAUAGCCGAGAAUCAGGUCGAAGUAGGUCCGUCGGUGACCGAGGGGCAAAAAAAUGAGCUCCUUGACCUCCUGAACGAGUAUCGGAAGUGCUUCGCUACGAACUUGAGCGAGCUUGGGUGCACAAAUGUCCUUGAAAUAGACACCCCGGAAGUGCCGGGAAGCUCACCAGUUGCGGUUCGGCCUUACCAAACAAACGUGGCAGAAAGAGAAACGAUUCUCGAGAUCGUCAGCGAAUGGAAACGAGAGGGAAUUGUGAGCGAGACGCAUUCCGCUUACGCAAGUCACGUGAUCCUUGUUCAGAAGAAGAACGGAGAGAAGCGUCUAGUGGUGGACUAUCGACGAUUGAACGCCCAGACCGUAAAAUAA